AAAUAAGGGGCAAUUACGAUUGUCUCUCCUCACGUUUCGCUGUGCUGAGAGUUGCUCUUGCCUCCUCCUCCUCCCUCAUUAUCUUCUCCUCUGCUUUCAAAGUCUUUUCUGCGUCUCCCUUCAUUCCUACAUUCAUUCCUAAUUUUGGUUUGAGAUGGCUAAUUAUACUCCCAAGAAUAUCCUGAUUACGGGAGCUGCUGGCUUCAUUGCUUCUCAUGUGGCUAAUCGUCUUGUUCGGAGCUACCCUGAGUACAAGAUCGUUGUGCUCGAUAAGCUUGAUUACUGCUCCAAUCUUAAGAAUCUUAAUCCCUCUCGUACUGCUCCCAACUUUAAGUUUGUCAAGGGAGAUAUUGGAAGUGCUGAUCUCGUCAACUAUCUUUUGAUCACCGAGUCGAUUGAUACUAUUAUGCACUUUGCUGCUCAGACCCAUGUUGAUAACUCUUUUGGUAACAGUUUUGAGUUCACCAAGAACAACAUUUAUGGUACUCAUGUGCUUUUAGAAGCCUGCAAAGUGACUGGACAGAUCAGGCGGUUCAUCCAUGUUAGCACGGAUGAGGUCUAUGGGGAGACAGAUGAGGAUGCUGUUGUGGGUAAUCACGAAGCUUCACAACUCCUUCCGACGAAUCCUUAUUCUGCCACUAAAGCUGGGGCUGAGAUGCUUGUCAUGGCUUACGGCAGGUCAUAUGGUUUACCUGUUAUUACAACCCGGGGUAAUAAUGUCUAUGGUCCUAAUCAGUUUCCAGAAAAGUUGAUCCCAAAGUUCAUCCUUUUAGCCAUGAGGGGAAUGCAACUUCCUAUUCAUGGGGAUGGUGCCAAUGUGCGCAGUUAUCUCUACUGCGAGGACGUUGCUGAGGCCUUUGAGGUUGUUCUUCACAAGGGAGAAGUUGGCCAUGUUUAUAAUAUUGGGACAAAGAAGGAAAGGAGAGUUACUGAUGUUGCCAGAGACAUCUGUAAACUUUUUUCUGUGGACCCAGAAACAAAUAUUAACUAUGUAGAGAACAGGCCAUUCAAUGAUCAGAGGUAUUUCCUAGAUGAUCAGAAGUUGAAAAACUUGGGCUGGGCUGAGCGCACUACAUGGGAAGAAGGGCUAAAAAAGACUAUGGACUGGUACACUAGCAACCCUGAUUGGUGGGGAGAUGUAUCUGGAGCAUUGCUUCCUCAUCCAAGAAUGCUGAUGAUGCCUGGUGGAAUUGAGAGACACUUUGACGGAUCUGAAAACCGUGACGCUGAAUCAACCCGUUUCGUGGAUAAAUCUGCCCCAUCACAGGUUUCUUCCUCAGAUCCCAAAAGCACAGUGCCUCAGAAAUUAGCUCUUAAGUUUUUAAUUUAUGGUAGGACUGGGUGGAUUGGUGGUCUGCUCGGAAAAUUAUGUGAAAAACAAGGUAUUCCAUAUGAAUAUGGAAGGGGGCGCCUAGAGUAUCGAUCACAGCUAGUGUCUGAUCUCCAGAUAGUUAAACCCACACAUGUUUUUAAUGCUGCUGGUGUGACUGGUAGACCCAAUGUCGAUUGGUGCGAGUCCCACAAAACAGAAACCAUUCGUACAAAUGUCACGGGUACACUGACACUAGCUGAUGUAUGCAGAGAGCAAGGACUUCUGAUGAUUAAUUUUGCUACUGGAUGCAUAUUUGAGUAUGAUGCUGCACACCCAGAAGGUUCUGGCAUUGGGUUCAAAGAAGAAGACACACCCAAUUUUCAUGGAUCAUUCUAUUCAAAGACAAAGGCCAUGGUUGAAGAACUCUUGAAAGAGUUUGACAAUGUUUGCACCCUCAGAGUUCGGAUGCCCAUAUCAUCAGACCUCAGCAACCCCCGCAACUUCAUCACAAAGAUUAGUCGUUAUAAUAAGGUGGUUAAUAUUCCCAACAGCAUGACAGUCUUGGAUGAGUUGCUACCUAUCUCAAUCGAGAUGGCCAAGAGGAACCUUAAAGGUAUAUGGAACUUCACCAACCCUGGAGUCGUAAGCCACAAUGAGAUUUUGGAGAUGUACAAGCAAUAUAUCGACCCAUCUUUUAAAUACUCAAACUUCACACUAGAGGAGCAAGCCAAAGUAAUUGUAGCAGCUAGAAGCAAUAAUGAGAUGGAUGGGGCGAAGUUGAAGGCCGAGUUCCCUGAGUUGCUGUCAAUCAAGGAAUCAUUGAUCAAGUAUGUUUUUGAACCCAACAAAAAAGUUUAGCUGCUGGUUGAGCACUGUAGAAUAGUAAACUUCAGGCGACCUCUACAGUCUUGAUUUACCUUACUAUUAUUACCCUGAGGUCAUUAUUACUGUCAUAGUAGAUUUCCUGCUGAUUCCUGUGUUUUCUUAAUAUUGUUAUAAUAUAUUUCCUUUUACAAACAAAUACCCGUCCGUGUUUAGAAGUUCUUGGUUUAUAGGUGUUCCUCCACAUAUGUUUUCUUCUUCAAGCCACCGCUACUUUUGUAAUAUGUGAUUCUGUUACAGUUCAUUUAUAUCAGUAUUCCUUUAUUUCUA